UUUUAUCUGUUCCUCUGCAAAUCCCAGUUCGAUAAGCGCAAAUUCGCCAACAGUGAAAUCGGAAAAAUGGACACGGACAUUUCCCGGUGGGUGAUGGAGUUCCUCCUCCGCAGUUCCGUACCCGAUUCCCUAAUCCAAAAAGCCCUAAUCGUCCUUCCUCUCUCCGGGGCCGACUCCCGCCUCAAGAAGACCCUUCUUCUUCGCACUCUCCGCACCCUCCUCCUCAAGGCCUCCCUCUCCGAAACUGCGCUCCAAAUCUUCGAACACCUCGAAGAACUCGAUGGUGACUCCACCUCCGUCGCGCUCCGCCGCGCGUACCUGGCCGUUGCCGUCGAGUGCACUGUCAAGUACCUCGCCGCCGCCCCCGAUGACCCCGAGGGGGUGUUUUCUGGCGCCGUGAAGCGGAUCUGGCGCGGCCGCGUGGCGGCACUGGAGGCGCGCCGGAGCGGGCUGGUGUCUGGCGAGCUGGCGCAGUGGCGGGACGACGUGGAGGCAGCGCUUGGGGAUUCUAGGGCUUGCGAGAGGCUGGCGGAUUUCAAUAGCAGGAGGGAGGCGAUGAAAGAGGUGAGGGCGUAUUUGAAGGAAGCGUGGGAAUCGAUGGGUCCUUCGUUCUUGGAAUCGGUUGCGGCGAUGUCGAAGGGUUUAACCAAGGAGAAAGAGGAUUUUGUUAUUAGUGGUGACAGGUGUGAUAAUGAUCAAGAUAAGGGAAAUAACGGUGAUCAUGGCUGCAUGGAGGGUGUGGCAAUGCAUGAUGAGAAUCAGACCAAACAACAAUUGGAAGAGAAAAUUGAGGCGAAUCAGGAAGUGGGUGGAUGUGACUUGCCACUUCAGGGAGAUAAAGUAAUUCAAAAGCGGAAUCUUCGGGUUAAACACAAACACUCUGCACUUCGUGCAUGUCAUAGGGGAGUUAAAAUAAAUUAUUCAGAGGAAGGACGGAGCAAACAUGAUUCUGUUCCUAGUUCUGAAGUAAAAGAAGUUAGAGAAUCCCUUAAAUCAAGUUCUUAUGAUUUAAGAGCAUUGGUCAAGGAUCCUCUUCCUGAUGCAUUGCAUUUAUCUGAAGCUAUAAGAUCGAAAUUGGCUACAAGUGAUACAAAUAUUGAGCCACCUAUUGAAAAGCAGAGUCCAAAUGUAGAUUUACCAGAUCCAGAUGUUUGCCAGACUAUUGUACUUUUUCAGCCUAAUGAUGCCAAUCUUGGGAAGAAGUCUUCUGUUUGUUGUAGUGAUUUACAUCAGCCCAACUUAAUGGAACGAAACAGAAGUGCCCAGACAUCUGAGUGGAAUGAUUCAAUAGACAACUCGCCACAAGCAAGACAGCCUAAGAGGAGGAAAAGGAGAUGGAGUUCUUUGGAAGAGGAGACACUAAGGGCCGGUGUAAAAAUGUUUGGAGAAGGAAACUGGGCAACAAUAAAAAGUUUUUACAGUAACAUAUUUGACAACAGAAGUGGAGUUGAUCUGAAGGACAAGUGGAGAAACAUGAUACGAUGACCCAAAUGUGCUACUUGAACAUUCAUGUCUAUAUCUUGUGGAGGUAAUGACAAUUUUGAUAGCAGCUUCACGCUGUGCGAUCAAGUUUUAUUAAAACACCAUCAAAUAGUACAGUUAGUGAGGACCAACUGGUAUCCAAAGCCCAUGCACGGAUCUUUCAAACACUUCAUUCUUCCGUGUCUGCUUUCAACUGCUCAGCUGAAGGUUAGAUUUGAAAGUGCAGUUUUUGACGACGAUGGCAUAAAUGUAUCUGAAAGUUUUAUGGUUGUCAGCUGUUUUAAAAUAGAUUCUAAUGUAUAAGUAAAGUAAGGUUUCUUGUCAUGGUGUACAGCAUAUAAUGAACUCCGCCUUCUUAAAAUCUCAACAAAAUUUUAAUUUCAUGUUUCUAAUUUUGAAACAAAGAAAUAGAAGAAUAGAAAUCUCAAUACUGUGGUUCCAUAUUUUUAUAUCUUCGUGAAAAAUCAACUGUGGUCGAUUUGCCACACCGUUCCAUGUGUGUCUGCCCUUGACAAUAGUGACAGCCAUAGAGAAUAUGUAAUUAUAUAGGCAACCAGAGUCUUGCAUUCGUUUUGGCAGCUACUGUGUAGAGUUUUCCCAUACAAAUUGGUGCAUUA